CGUGUGUACAGUACAGUGACCCCCGAUAUGGUUUCCCCAUGUGGUGCCAUGCAGGCUCAGGCCCAUUCAUUCAUUGUUCUUUGCUGCUGCUCUCCGCCCCCCUCUUCUUCCUCUUCCUUGGUUCUGCGCGCGGAUAAGAACAGUAGUGAUCUCACUGCUUCCCUCCAUCCUCCAUGUGACUUUCGAUCCCCCGCCACGUCUUCUGGGAUAUCUACACUGAUAUCAAGCGAUUCAUACUCGCCCUUUUUUUCUAUCGUUAGCAUUCCCUUUCCAGCUGAAAUCUCCUAGACCUCUACGUCUGCGAUCAGUAUGGAAGGCAACCUGCCGCAACAGCAGUGUCACCCUGUAACCACGGCCAUCGAGAAAGAUGACCUCGUGAUUCCAAUCAUCGACUUCGGACCCUUCCUGCAUGGGACCCCCGCCGACAAACACGAAGUCGCCAUGUCCGUCGUGCACGCCUUCAAGACCUCCGGGUUCCUCUAUCUCAGCAAUCACGGCGUGCCCCCGUCCGUGGUUAGCCACGUCUUUGGCACCUCCGCCCGGUUCUUCGCGCGGCCCCAGGCUCAGAAAGACAGCCUGUGCUGGACGACCCCACAAGCGAACCGCGGUUACGUGAAGACGGGCCAAGAGAAGCUCCGCACGGUAGAGGAGGGCGAUAACGAUGAUGAUGAUGAUGAUGACGACGUCGCCGAGUCGCGCAGCAUCCCCGACCUCAAAGAGACGAUGGAGAUCGGCCGGGAGGGCGUGGCGGGGCUCCCGAAUCGCUGGCCGGAGCACCUCGACGCGGCGGGGCAGGACUUCAAGGCAGUGAUGCUGUCGUUCUUCGAGCGGUGCAAGGCGCUGCACACCGCGGUCAUGCGGGCCAUCGCGCUGGGCAUGCACCUGCCGGAGCACUACUUCGACUCGUCCGUCGACGCCGGCGACAACAACCUCCGCCUGCUGCACUACCCGGCCGUCGACAAGCGCGUCUUCCGCGACAACCCCCUGCAGGUCCGCGCCGGCGAGCACAGCGACUACGGCUCCAUCACCCUGCUCUUCCAGGACGGCCGCGGCGGCCUCCAGGUCCGCAGCCCCCGCGGCACCUUCGUCGACGCGACCCCCGUCGCCGAUACCGUGGUCGUCAACGCCGGGGACCUGCUGGCCCGCUGGUCGAAUGACACGAUCAAGAGCACGCGACAUCGCGUCGUCGAACCGCCCAGGGUCGUUGUCGAGGAUGAUAAGGAUGAUAAGGAUGAUGAAGAUACUGGGGUGUAUCCGGAUCGUUACAGCAUCGCGUACUUCUGUAAUCCCAAUAAUGACCAGAUGAUCGAAGCCAUCCCGGGAACCUACGGGGAGGAUAUCCGCCCGCUCAAGUACCCUGGCAUCACCGCGGGAGACUACCUCGUGCAGCGACUGACCGCAACCUACUGAUUGGUGUUUCAUCAUGAUGACCUGGCGUUCGGAAGGAGUAUGGGAUCUUUGGCUUUUCCAUCAGUUUGACAUCGUGACACCGUGUAGCAGGACGAUAAAUACCGCGACUUGAGCGCCGUUGCAUUGGACGAUUUGAACAGAAGCUUUGGUAUGGAGGGCUUGUAUUCGAGGUCGCUUGACAUUCUAUUUCUAAG